AAUCUGAGUGUGUCUAUUGUAGAUACCACUGGGAUUGAGUGUUGCUGCUGGGGUUCGUGUUGGAAAUUUCCUUGGUGCUGGCAACCCAAAGGCAGUAAAAAAGACGAUUAAAGUGGCCCUGGGAUUAAUAGGUAAACGCGUUUAAUACAACUGGGUUUAAAAUAUUAGACUACAAGUAGUCCCCUCAUUUACCUUAGGGAUAGUAAAGCGAGCGAAAGACGCGAGUGCGCGUGGAAAUCGCCAUCUGCGAGGAAGGUGCCGCGAUUUUCACUCGCACUCGCGAAUAUUGCUCACUCAUCAUCCCUGGGGUAAACGAGGGACCGAAGCUUACUAUAUAUACGCUUUUCCUGUCCUUUUCUUAUUUCUCUGUUUUCUUUGUUUCCCCGUCUAGUUUAUUAAAGCAAGCUAGUAACGCGUUUUGGUUAGUAAAAGAGGCGACUCGGAAGAAGAAAAUUCAAGUUUUACCAAUAGUAGUCGAGCCUAUGACUUUCUUGCCACAGUUGUUCAAUCAAGAUAUAGCGUUAUCCACUGGAUUAGUCACUAUUCAGCGGAUAAGUAUUAGCAAGAAACCAAUUGCGUUAUCCGCCUGAUAGUGACUUAUCUGGGCCGAGUUGUUCAAAGCUGGGUUAAGAUAACCCAGGGUUAGUGCGAGAUUUGAAUUCAGAUUUGAAAGCUUAAAAAGCAUUGCAGCUUUAAUUCUUUUCGUCUACAAGUUGAUGAUUGGAAGCUCUAAAAAUAGCACAGAAAAUUAUCCAAGAAAAUGCUUUUGAACACACGAAAAAGAAACCCGGUUUAAAUUUAACCCCUGGUUAAGCGCAAAUCGGCCUUCGAACAACUAGGCCCUGGUGAAUAGUGCUAUUCAACUGUUGAACAACUGGGUUCCGGUUAGUAUAGUCUUGAUGCUCCACACCUGGAACCUGAACUCAGACAGAAUCGAUGGUUACAGUGGGCUCAAUCUCCAGCCUUUGGUGUCUCGAUGUGCCCUUCGGGAGUACCGAAUCCGCAUCGAGACACCAAGGCUGAAGACUGUGCCUAUGGUUGUAGGAGCUAUGGCUAUUUCAGGUGAUUCCCUGGUUUUGCACUGCGCAUCUCUUACUGCGCAUAACAAGACAUCCUCGGAGACCCAGGGGCAGUCAGUCGAGCGGGGAGAAAAGGCGCGACGUAAGUUUUCAAGCACGGGCGGAAGAGCCCCUGUGUACCUACUCUCACCGGACCAUUUCCAUACGGUCAAGCGAAUACUGGCUCCUGAUUGGGCACAAAAAAUUAUUUGUAUUGUUGUGCCCAAUCGGCGAACAGCGUCUCCUGAGUUCUUUUCGUGAGUUCGUACAUGACGGCUAUUGACUCGAUCACGGCUUGUCUGGCUCAUGCACCAAAGAAAUGCACGCAGUCAGGAAACUUUCAGUUUGAUAUAAACUCUCCAUUUCAAAAUACUGUCUACCCGAAAACUAAAGACGCUUUUCCGAAAAUACAAGCUUGAGCUUACAACAGGUAUUCACGGUUGCAUCGAUCACGUCUUCGUAAAUAUUAGGGAGUUUAAGAUGCCACGACAACUGACAGCCACGAAAACGUCGCAUAAAAUAUGAAGUCACAUUUUUUCAGUCUCUAUCGCGAUUAUUCCAACUCGCUUACUUUGUUAAAUGCAAGCGAACUCUUCUGGAGCUGAAUUUCUAUCAACCAUAUCCAAGUUCAUAAAGAGAAAGAAAGUUUUGUCACUCAUUGCUUGUUUACGUCCUUCACAAAACGUGAAACUAGGCGUUUUCAUGUGGUAGUCCUGCAGUGACGGCAAAGAAAUGUAAAAGCGUGAUGCACGUGCAAAGUUGUUGUUUUGCUUUGUCAAGCUGUAAAUGUUUUUUAUUUCUUGUCGCCGCCGCAUCUUAAACUUCUUAUUAUUUACGAUACAUUGUGAUCCCGCAGAAACAGAAUUUUCUCAGUGCAAAUUGAAUUGCUCCUGCUGAUAGCGUCCGAAACAUCGACUCAUCGGUAGUUCCUUUGUCUGGUUAGGAAAGCUUGGUGAAAGAACCGGGCAACUGUGGCGAGAUAAUAGCCGUCGUGUACGAACUCACGAAAAGUACUCAGGAGAAAUUGUUCGCCGAUUGGGCACAAUAAUACAAAGCAUUUUUUGUGCCCAAUCAGGAGCCAGCAUUCGCUUGACCGUUUGGAAAUGGUCCGGUGAGAGUAGGUACCCAGGGGCUCUUACGCCCGUGCUUGAAAACUUUCGUCGCGCCUUUUCUCCCGGCCCGACUGACUGCCCCUGGGUCUCCGAGGAUGAUAACAAGAUGGCCUCCGUAAAAAAGAGCAUGUGAAGUAACAUUAUUAAAAUGAAGUUGACUGAAGAGAAACGCUAUUGCAUUUUUUGCUUGCGGUUGUUUCUUGCCGAGGUGAGACUCUAUUUGGUGGGAAUGUGCCUAACGUAAGCAGUACGCGUGUUGCUGAGUUCGACUUCCUCACGGAGAACCUCGAUAGUGGAUGUUUCAUUUGUGCUUAUUCACUUUGAUUUUCAUUUAAACGCUUUCUUUAUCACAUCGUGUCCUUAAUGUAGUAUCUCGAUGAAAAUUCUGUUGCAACGGAUUUUUUAAUACUUUCUUUCCCCUUUCGCCUACAUUCUAUUUUGAAACUCGCCCCAGUCCUCUCUCAAAAAUCAAGGAAAAUGCAUUUGGUGCGCACUUUCUGCAGCUCUACCGCAAAAACGAGUACGGUGACCCCCAUUUUUUAUUUCAUGAUUUUAAUAAGAACAGUGCUUCCUUUUGGUGAGAAAAAAAAUUGGCACAAAUCUAUGUUCAGUUUUUUGACAAUUUUACUAAAUUGUACGGAUUGAGCCAUCACGGGUCGAAAAGCGCGCGUCCAAUUUAACUCUACUUUGGAGCGUAAAGGAAAAACAAGGGCAUUACAAGGCAUUUUUCUGGUACGUAAGUGGAUAAACAAUACAUUAAAGUCAAAUUCUGUACGAUACCACAUGCAUCAUUGAAAAGAUCUUUCCUUUUUGUCUAGUUUUGGGCUGCGCGCGGUUUUUGUCAAAGGGUCCAAAAUAGCCGUAUUUGUCAGCAUUGUGACGUCGAAUCGAGCACGGUGACCCCCACUUUUUAUAACCUUUUUAUCAUCUUCUUGACUUGUUACAUCAGUGUACCGAGUUUCAUCUACAAUCUAUGUUAGGUUCUUUUACUAGGGAAUCACCUUAACUAGGUUCAUGUGCGUAGGACGUACUCACUAUCGUACUGCUUAACAACAAUCCUUUGAAUUUCCAUACGUAUUCAUUAAUUUUUGCUUCUAUCUGACAGUUUCUGUAGAACUUAUCAUACUUACGGUCUUCCUUGGACUUGGAGAUAUAAGUGGUCGUGUCUUCACCAGCAGUAGGUUUGUAAAUACCAUAUACGCGUUUAUUAUCUAUCUGCAUUUUAGUUAUUAAACAGGAAACGCAGGAAAUGAGUGCAAAUUUCCCACGACAUUUUGUACAGUUGGUUAUUUGUAUACAGUAAGAGCAAACCUGUUUGACAGGUCGCCGAGCUCAUCAGUGUUAAAAUCUCCGGUCCCAACAAAAAUCAAAAUUGGUUAUUUUUUCUAGCAUUUACCGCGAGGAGUUUAUACUACCGGGUAUUUUCCCAACUUUUACCUAGCAUUUGAAAACUGGUUUACCAGUCGUACACUAAGAAAGUGCUGUACGGUAAGAGAAACGAAAUGGGUUGACUCCUGCUCCAAUUGACGACUUCAUCAAGUAAGAGUAAACUGUAAACAAAAAUGGUUCAGCAAGUAAUAAAAGCGAGAAAAAUUUUAUCUGACUUGAAUGCCAUCUGAACAAGAUGAUGUUCCUUUAUUGGCGAGGCACGUGUACCAUUGAGGUCGUUUUUGUAAGCUUUUUUAAAGGCUUUUUUAAAAAUAAGCUCAAUGCAAUCAAGACGUCCCCGCGCGAGUUUGACCAAACAGUUGUUAUGCUCGAGUUCUUUAGCGAAGGAUGUGGCCGCCAUUACAAGCUGCGGAGAACUAUCGGAGUUAUUUGGUAGAUGUGUUUGUGUUACUAGGAAAAAACCAGUCAGAUCAGAUGAGAGAGAAAUGCAUAGCAAGUGCCAGUUACAAUAAUUAGUAUGUACUUUGUUUGUGUGGCUUGAAUAAUCAAUUUCAUUGGUUAUUAAACGCUGAAAAUUCCUGAUAAAAUAGGCGAUCAUUCAUUUUGUUUUUUACCUCUGUCUGCGUCUUACAAAAGUGUUUUUUUUUUUUUAAAUUUUACACGUAGACAUUUUCAUUUCUUUCAGUGAUGUUUUAGUUGUGUACAAGAGGAACAUUCUUAUCGUUUCAGUCAUGUUUUUCUUUGAUGGAAUUCAGGUACAUGUGACUGUCUGCUUACUUUGAACUGACCAAUGUAAGGCUUUGGGUAAUAAGUUUACAGUCGAGUUGAUUAGUAAGUCUGAUUUUAGUUGCCACUGUUAUUAAAAGUACAUUGGGCUGAUAUCCAUUUAACCAUUUAAGGGGAGAAUAGUCCAUUUUGCAUAGUUUUCCAGACACUCGCUGUAAAGCUUAAUGCUAGCCUAUUUAAGAAGAAAUUUCGAUUCAUUUUUAGCUCCCACAGCUUCAUUUUUGAACUUUGGGAGAAAAAUAAAUUUUGGGAAAUUUCACCAGGGGCACUCAACGAAAAUAUAGUUCAAAACCAUUUAAACAUAGCAUUGUUGAACGUAUUUUAGUAUUUAAACGGUAGAUAUAGGCAUAUUUUUAUCCCCUAAAAAUUUUUCAUCUGUUCAGAUCUUCUAGCUGAAAGUCUAGUGAUCCGAAAAUUAUAGGGAUCAAAACUUACCUUUUCGAAAAUUUCAGCCAGAAAAUAGGCUCCCGAAAACUCUUGGUUACCUUUUUAGGGUAAAAAUCCGUUAGAAAUGGACAAUUAUACCAUAUAUGUUCGAAAAUCCUAGGAGAGGUAGGCAAGCAAGAAAUUUUGCAAAAAAUGUUCCGAAAAUUCUAGAUCUCAAAUCGUCCUCCGAACAGAUAUUUUCCAAAAUUGACGUUGGGUGCCCCUGAUGUCACUGUGGUUGCAGAAAAUCUGCAUGCCCACAUUGCCUCAAGAACUUUUCUCCACCAUUGUAACUUAAUGGACUGAUUUUAUAGGACAAGUUUGAGUAAGAGUUUGUAUUAACGAUAUGCAUUUGCACAUGUUUGCAUUGGUGACCUUUAUUUCAGGGUGUCUGUAGUGGGAUUGUACGAGGGGCUGGCCGACAGAGGAUAGGAGUGCUGAUCAAUUUUCUAUCAUUUUUCGUGGCUCUUUCCGUUGGGAUCACUUUAAUGUUUUUUGUCUUCCAUGAAAGCGCAGGUAAAAAAGACAUGUUCAUAAACUCUUGGAGCACGGAAACAGAAGCUCUUGACUUCUGAUAGGAUUUAUUAUAACUGCUGAGGAGUUUUGAUUAAAGCGUAAAUCUAACCAAAACGACAAAGCGAUGAUACAAAACGGAAAAAAAUAAAUUUUGAUUCUAUGUGAUUGAUAGACGUUAUAGUAAAAUUGUUGUUUUGGACCUCAAAAAGGGUAGUGCUUCGGUAUAAAAUGAACAAAAGUAUUUUUCGCUCCAUGUAAGGGAAUCCAAGACAGUCUUGGAUUGCAGAUUCCACGCUGUCGAUUCCGGAUUCCAGGAAGUGCAUUCCAGUCUUUGUCAGUGGAAUUGGGAUUCCGGAUUCCUUGAGCUUUUUUCUGGAUUCUAAAGCGCAAGAUUCCUGAUUCCACAAGCAAUAAUUUCCCAGAUUCCGGAAUCCGUAUUCCCUUACUUGACGUGAGUAUUUUAGUCAAAUUCCUGUCCUUGUUGUUGGGGGCCCGGUCGCCGUUCAUAUUAACGGAAUGUCCGCAAUAGCGAGCUGUCUGUAGGGUGGGAGUUGACUAUUACUUAUUUAUUAUUAUUAUUAUUAUUAUUAUUAUUAUUAUUACUAUUAUUAUUAUUAUUAUUAUUAUUAUUAUUAUUAAAGAAUUAGGAAUUUAGGAAUACGAGAUUUUUAAUUCUUUUUAACUUGUUUUCUUUUUUAAUAUCGGAGACGGAUUGAUAAUGACUUAAUUUAAAACUCUGGACUGCCUGCAAGAGUUAGUGAGCAUCCGCAUCUGAGCCCCAAGAAAUGUAUUUGUGAAAUCGUUAUUGACACAGUGAUUGCCAUUUUUAUUAUUUAUACUAUUCUUAAUGUUAUAUAGUGCUCAAUUCUUACUCCAAAUAUUUCUGUAAAUUAUGUACAUAUUUUUUAAAGUUGAAUAAAACUAUUACUUAUCCUUAAAAAAAAUCAUUAUUAGUAUUAUUAUUAUCAUUAUCAUUAUAAUUAUAUUUUGCAUUUUUUCUUGUUGUCUUAAAGGUCUGUGGAUUGGUAUUUCAACUGGAGUAUUUCUUCAGGUAGGCAUGCCUCAUGACGACUCCCAUUUCACAUCCGUAAAGUUUAGUAAGUAUAAGUAGCUUUUCCCGGCCAAUUGCUACUUUCGUGGUAGACUUGCUACAAGUCGACCUACGAGUUUCUUAAAGGUGAUAUAACACGAGACGAUUCGCAACAUUGUUGCGACAUUGCUUCGAAUGGUCACAACAUUGUGCAGCAUAGCAACGCUGUGUUGCACUAAAAAUCGUCAUGGGAAUCCACCCGUGUAACAUCACCUUAACGAGCGGAGCGAGCUAUAGGCCGCGAAACGGCCAAGCGAGGGAUGAAGUCGCUAGAGGUCGACCUUCGUCCCGCGCCAUAUUAAUUCGGACGAAGAACUUUGUGAAAGUCCACUUUCAAGUGAUCGUUCCUUUUUGGGUGUCCAGCUGAAAUGUGUAACGUAUUGUGUGUAAAGGCGUGAAAACACACUCAGUAAGCGAUGUCUCGAGGACAGACGUCCAGUUGACAAAACUAAGAUUAAUUCUAAACCUACGACUGUUUCCAUGCAGUUUAUUUCACUACAGAAAAUUCAUUCCUCACAUGACUUAGUCCGUAAGGCGAGGCACAUUUAAUAGAUAAGGCCAUGACUCUUGAACGUAAUGGCCUAAACCCCCGGGACGAAUUGCAAUCUUUAUCCUUAUUAAUUUUCUCUCCCUUUUAAACAAUUUCUGUUGCGACGUUCUCUAUUUAAAAAAUAUACCGAGUAAUAGUUCUAUCAUAGCUUCACUAACAUCUGUAAACCUGAACAGCCUGAAGAAGGCUAGUGUGGCAAGCCGAAAUAUUGUUUUCAAAAAAAGCAAUACACGCUGCUAUAUCAGCUCUGCAGUAGGCUUUAGACGUCUGGUUUUUUUUGUUUUUCAUAUUUUCGCCGAUUAGAUCUCUUUUCUAGAGAUCCAACGUUGACAACCAGCAGGAUCGUCGUCCACGGUUUUUGCUAGUAAUUUCUUUAAUGUUGUCAGAAAGAUUGUUAGCAGUAUGAUCAAAAAAAGAAGUUUGGAAUGCAUGGCAUAGCUCUUUUACUUGUGUACUUGUGCUUACACUACUGACAAUAUUUUAUCUUAUCUUUCCUUUGUUCAUUUCAGGCUUGUUUAUAUUUAUUUCUUCUGUGGAGAACAGAUUGGGACAAACAAGCUGAAUUAGUAAGUGAUGCCUUUUUGCAGGGUAUUGAGAAAGUCUUAAGCCCAACAUCUGUCCUCUAAUAUUUAACAGUUUUGUAACUUCUGCACUAACCUAUAUAAAUAUAAACACAAAUGCAGCAAAUCACUGAGAAUAUUGGAUUAUGGCCUGUGCGGUAACGCCAUAACGCCACUUUAUUAAAGAAAAUGCAAACAACUAGUACAAAAUAGAAAUGAAAACGUCAAAUAGAGUAAGCCGUGCCAGGGGGGCCAGAAAAAACCUAACCUAAAAAACCCCGUGGGGAAAAAGGGAUAGGAAAUCUGGGGCGGGCCAGGCACGACUUAAGUCCCCCGCCAAGACUACUAAUAAACUAAAUAAUUGUAAUAAACAAACGAAAACUAAAUAGCAAUAGUUUGAGCAACUUUUAAGCGAUCACUAACGGUGUGCUUAAUGUAUCUGUUCUUUGAAGUGGCACAUUUCCAGCCAGCAUGCAUAUCUAGCAGAUCAGCGGAAACACUCCGACAAGCAGGAUUUGAGGCGGCACCAGACUUUAUACUGUGCGUGCCGUAAAGAGCAAUGUCACCUACAAAUGGUUUAACAAAUUUCUUAAAUUCAUCUCUUAGCGUUGAAUAUGAAACUCCUCUAGAAGCAUGAAAACACUCCCUAGACUUAGUUUUAACGAUUCGCCUAACGAGGGGCGAAGAUGACUCACAAGUUGAAGGGAAAAGCUUAAGUAACCUUUCGGUGAUAGAAACUGGGCAAGUAGCCUUAUGAGACCUAGCUAGAAAGGACGUAUGCCCUUCUCUAUACUGAUCAUUUUUGCGUUUAGGAAUAAAAACUGACAUGUACUCGUUGAAAAUAGAGACAUCUCUAACUGUCAAAUUGCGAAUUUCGUCCAUACGAAAAAACCCAGCAAAGCCAACCAAGAGGACGAAAAGAAAACGAAUAACGGCAAGCGAACUACUAGAAAUAUAAUAUUCAGCGAUCCUUAAAACUGUGUCAACGGAUAAAGGCUCUUUGGGUUGAACAGGACGAGCAAGCUUCCUUCUUGCACCCUCCAAGGACGACUUAACAAGGGGGUGACCAGUAGGGCAUUCUACAAUACCGGCCAGACUAUGACCCCACUUAAUACCAUAAACAACUGACUCUAUAGGAGAUAUCCCCGUAUUAUUAGAAAUAGAAACAGCAGUAAGUUCGCUGAUAAAGAGAGCAAUGUGCAGUGGCUUCGCUGGAAUAACUGAAACGCCAAUCUUAGAAUCUGCCCAUUCACGCCAUCUGAUCCAGCCAGAUCUAUACUUCUGCACGGUAGAGGGAGCCUUGGACUCAAACUGUAAAUGGAGAAGGUCUGGAACAAGCUUGCGCAAGGAUGGAUCGGCCAAAGAAUUCGCUUCACUCCAAAUCCCGGAUUGGAGAACAUCUAAAAAAUAAAAUAAAAGUAGGCAGGAAAAGGCAAAACAUUUAAAAUUAUAAUACAGUAGAAAAUAUGAUGCUGCAUCAUAAUCAUGCAGCACGGACAGUACUACAGCGUAAAAACGACAUGUAAUGAGAAACAACGACAAACGGAAGCCGAACUGGCUGGGCCCAGUAAUGCUGUAAAAAACAGUAAAAAAUACAACAAAAUAGCAAACAUUCGAUAAAACAAAUGUAGACCAAUAAAAUAAAACAUAAAAUAAGGCCAACUGACGGCGCCAAAACAGGCAAACUGCGUGGUGAAGCGGACAUCGAACUCCGAGCCAAGAAGACGCUGCCAAAUCAGGCAAAAAAUACACCGCCAAAUCAGGCAAAAAUACGCUGCCAAAACAGGCAAAACAAAGCUGCCAAAUCAGGCAAAAAUACACUGCCAAAGCAGACAUGAUAACGGUGCCAAAUCAGGCAAAUAAAUAAUACCAAAACGAAGCUAACAAAAGAUAAACCUAAAACACCGACAAUAAUGAGCUGUAAGGGGAGACAAAAAUGGGAAAGCUCACCUAAAAUCUAUCCGCAAAGCUAACAUUUUAAAUUUCGGGCAGCCGCUGAACACCGACGGACGCGCUUUGUAAAUCUGCUUCUGUCCUGGACCCUCCAGCAAGAGGUCUUCAAUACAAGGAAGCUCAAACACUUCUUUAACAAAAGACUUGAACUGGGAGGCGUUGUCGUGCAAAAAAGGCCAAAAAUAGGCCGAAGGCCAUUGUGGAACGAUCAAAGUGCCGUAACCGGAGCAGGACGAGAGAGCCCUAACUGAAGGCACAAUGGCACCCACCGGAGGGCAAACCCAGUUAUUCUCAUGUCGCCAAUCCUGAGCCAAGGCGUCCACACCGCUGCAACCUGGGGAAGCAAAUUUAGAGUUGAACCUCGGAAGCUGGGCAUUGUAAUAGGACGAAAAGCGAUCAAUUGUGUGAGGGCCCCAUUUAGCGUCGACAAGUCGAAAUACCGAGGGAUUGAUGGACCAGUCGUCUUUAUCAAUAAAUCUGCUAAGAAGAUCUGCUCUUUCAUUAAGAGACCUAGGGAUCCACUGGGCUUCGAGAACGAUGCUGUUGGCAAGACAAAGAUUGAAAAUAUCCAUAGCCAGGGCCUGGAGGUGAGAUUUGGAGCUUCCGAUAGCAACUAUUCUGGCGGCGGCCUGAUUAUCAGUGAAGAUUUUAACUCUCUUGUGUUUCAGUUGAGCCACGUAAGAAAGCAACACGUAAAAAAUUGCUUUCAGCUCGCGAAACGUAGAGCUUUGGCCGAUAUCCUCGCUCUCCCACAUGCCGCUAACGACGGAGCCGUCUAAAGUAGCCGAAAAUCCUCCGAACGCUACGUCGCUAGCAUCGGAAAAUACAACGGUAUGCGUAGCUAACGGUGGCCUAAUAGAAUAGCCGUUUAAGCAGUCGAUGUUGCAAUACCAAAAUUUCAGUUCUUGUAAAAGGCUCGGAGGAAAAUGAAUUAUGUCAUCCCAAGCCGAUCUGGUUUCAAUGGCGAAGUACAUUUGUCUGGUCAAAAGACGAGAAAUUGGACCAACAGCUAACGCAGCUGAAAUGAUAGUGCCUGCUAUUCUCGCUAACUCGCGAAAUGAAGAGAAUCCAUCCUGAAUCGCAGAAUCUAGCAAGCCUUUAAGCUUGAGAACUUUCUUCUCGGGAAUCCGGAAACACAUUAAAAUAGUAUCAAUAACGAAGCCUAGCCAUUCGCCAAUUUGAACUGGAUCCCAGUGAGACUUUUCCUCGUUACAAAGAAGACCAGAUGAAGAGAGCUCUUUACGUUGAAUUAAGCUAGCUGCCACGGCAGAACAUUUGUCUGGUCGACUCCCGAAACCAUCGUCCAAAUAAAUGAAACUGUUGUGUCCCAUAGAACGCCAACGCCUUACUAAAGGGCGCAUUAACUUGGUAAAACAAAAGCAAGCGCUACUUAACCCGAAAGGCAGUACUGUAAAGGAAAAAUAUCUGACGACGCCAGAAAAAGGCCACGCGAAACCAAGGUACUUUUGGUGGUCGAGACAAAUAUCGACAUGGUGGUAACCGGACUUAAGGUCCCAAGAGAAAAACCAGUGUCCUUCAUCGAGAACUUGAGAAAGCGAUCGUAAGUCCUCGUACUUGAAUAUAGGUUUUACUAAAUAAUUGUUUACGUGUCUCAGAUCGAUAACCAGGCGAAGCUUCUUCCCAACAGCGACUGUCAAAGGAUUAACACAAUACGGGGGGAAUUCGUGCUCAACAAUGCAGCCGUUACUUAAAAGCUCGCUAAUAGCAUCAGCGACAAAUUCCGGAUGCUGAAGAGCUGAUCUAUUGUUCUUCAAAAAGCACUGCGAGGGGUACUCGGCAAACGGCAAUCUGUAACCGCGCCUAAUCAUAUCAAGGACAAAAUCUGGUGCAUCUAAAGUCUCGACCCAAAAGUUAAACGAAGAUUGCAAGCGACCUUUCACGCCACUGCUUCCGCCUUUCGCACUAAACUCGUCGCCACAACAAGGCAAUAAAUGAAUUAAAUCACACUCAACUUCAUCACAGGUCGACGAGUCGCCAUCUAGUCAAUCGCGUCGAGAGCUACUCUUCGAAGAAUCCGCAGGCUUCAAGCACGUGGAACUCAAAUGACCAAAAUCCCCGCACUGAAAAAAGGGGAACACAUACAGAAAAACAUGAAAAUAAAAUCCAUAACAUAAAAAUAAAAGAACAGUGUUGUAGCGUGUGGCGUUGCAGACCCGAAGGAAGAACAUACUGACUGACAACAACAUAUAUGAAACGCAAUUAACACGUAUUACGUAACUACUGAACACUUCAUUGAAAAACACAAUGAAAAUACCAAAUUCAGAACGUGCAGAAAACAAAUAUCUGCUAAACUUCGUACCGCAGAUAUUUUGAUAUUCUGCACUAACCUAUAUAAAUAUAAACACAAAUGCAGCAAAUCACUGAGAAUAUUGGAUUAUGGCCUGUGCGGUAACGCCAUAAUCGACGAAGAAAGAAACAAAGAUAGUAAAGCGAAAAAGUGCUUGGUACUUAUCUUAAAACAGGGACCCAAACGACGAGCUGGUCUAGCCUCCGGGCGUGAAACCAAAUCGCUGGAUGCGUAUCUUGACGAAGUCGCCCGAGAUGUAGAGGCGGAGCCACUGCCUUUGUCGCCAGAACGGGCACGACGACGUUUUUCCUUAGUGACCUUUCUCUCAGCUCUCCUCUCGGCCCGGUAAAUUCUCUUCUCAUCAUCUGAGUCAGAGGCGAGUUCGUCGGAUAGAUACUCAUUGACCGUCGCCCAUCCAAACUCGCUCUUGUCGGCUAGCUUUAUUGCUUUAACACGCUUGGACACUAAUUCCGUACCUGACUCCAAAGCAGCCUUAACUUUUUCAUAAGAUUUGUGCUUCAGUGCGUCGGAAGCUUCGUCUAGCUUGUCCAGCACCUGGAGGGAAUGGUCUAACUGCUGCUGGUUAUCCUUUCUCUUGCACGUGUAUUGCUCGCGACGCGCCUUCUUAACAGCUUGCUCAACGGACGAACUGUUUUCCUCUGAAAAACGCUUGGCAAAAUCGGUAAGCCGAGAUUCAAUGACCUGUGUAAGGUUGUCGGUUAAAGAACCUAUAGAACGAGUAACGGCAGCCUGUAUAGCAGCGCCAAUAGAAGGAUCUACGACUUCAGGGUUCGGACGAGAACGAACAUUGCUGUCCUCCGCGUCACUCAUGUUAAACAGAACAGUGUUGUAGCGUGUGGCGUUGCAGACCCGAAGGAAGAACAUACUGACUGACAACAACAUAUAUGAAACGCAAUUAACACGUAUUACGUAACUUCUGAACACUUCAUUGAAAAACACAAUGAAAAUACCAAAUUAAGAACGUGCAGAAAACAAAUAUCUGCUAAACUUCGUACCGCAGAUAUUUUGAUAUUCUCUUGAGUCUUAACUCAGAAGAUUCUGGAGAUAAAGAACCAAACUAUAAUCUGUAGCUGUAGCGUAAAAGGAAAUCACAUUUAGGGCCUGUGUACAUAGAGGUGGUUGACCCCAGGUUCGUGACGAAACCUUUGCAGACGGGAUAAAAAAAUCACCCGAGUUUACAUUCAAUCUUACAACCCCACCACCUGAGAUGCACUUUCUCAAGAUUGUUGAAUGGUCGCUAAGCUCGUAAAAAAGGAUAGCGAGCAAACCACGUGUUUUGGCGGUUAAUGCUCGUCUACUCUCACCCGCUGCUCUUGCUGCAAUCUCUUAGUGCUGCUACUUUCUAUUGUCACUUUUAAUGAAAUGCAAAACCUCCGCUAAAGGCAGUUAACGAAACAUGUUAACUCGAAUCUGUCCUCGGCUACCCCACUUGAAACGUUUACUUGGCAAAAUUUGGCCCUGACUAAGGGCGUUACCUGGUCUGACAGACCGGGCAGCUCUUCUUGGCGGGUCACCCCACUUAGCAUGUAAACGUGAUUAUAAAAAUGUUACGGACAGGUGGGUUACUCCACCCAAGCGGGUUAUCUCACAUACCUGGGGUUCCCUACAUACCUCCAACAUCACUUGGGUCUAAACGUUUAAACCCAAGUCAAAUUUAGAGGGAUUUGUUUGGAGUCAUCAGAGCAUAACUGGGCUAAUAUCUCAGAAAAUUUGCCCCACAAAGUUUUUGUGGCAAGUACGCCUUUUGGAUGUUGUUUUAGAAUAUCCUGGCAAAUCCCGUAAUUUCACAAAUUUAAUUUUUUAUGACGUCACACUUUAGUACUCUACAGGUUGAAGAUUUUAUUGUAGACUAGGGAAACCGGGAAUUACCUCUCAAAACUAUAAAAAAAAACUUAAAUCGGCAAGUUUAGAUUUAGGCAACUCAACCAAAAGCUACUCUAAGAUCGGGGGGAUCAGGGGAGUUUAGUCUAGUGUAGGCUAGCAAAAUUUAGCCGAACAAGCUCUGGUAUGCGGGUCGAGAUGGUUGUGAAGGUGCAUUGUGGGACUGUUAUGGGGCACGCAUUUCAACAUGGCGGCAAAUUCGUCCCAUGGAGAAUAAGUUAAAAGAAUUUGGUAGAAGAUCAAAGCAUUUUCUCUUAGGUGAUAAUUUUAUUAUUUCUCACAACCCUUUCUCAUGAUUAUGUAUUGAUAUUGUUAGCAGAAAGGUGAUGUUUGUCACUUUUGGGACCUGGGCCGGGUUGUUCGAAGCUGGGUUAAGAUAACCUAGGGUUAGUGCGAAAUUUGAACUCAGAUAUGAGAGCUUAAAAAUCAAAUUCAGUUGAAUUCUCUUUGCCUACAAUUUGACGAUUGGAUACCCUAAAAAGAACAGAGAAAAUUAUUCGAGAGAGCGCCUUUCAUAAAAAGAAAAAGAAACCCGGGAUAAAAUUUAACCCCGGGUUAGCGCUAACCGGCGUUCGAACAACUGGGCCCAGAAGGGUUACUUCAACUGUACCAUCAGUUGUGGGUUUUAUUUGAAAUUCCUUAUUCAGAAGAUGGUCCUUCAUUUGCAGGCACAGCGAAGAUCGGCUGCUAAGACUGUGAGAGCUUCAACCUCUGAGGACUUGUUAAAUGGAGAUCAAGCUGGACACUCCGCCGAAAAAAACAAAGGUGAAAUGAUUAGUCAUACUCAAGACACCAUCACAUGUAAGAAGAAGCGGAUAAAACUCAUGAGAAAAUUUCCUCUUAUGCCUCUGAUAACAAUCUCAUGAUUGAUAAUGUUGAGGUUGUGGGACCUUUGUAAGAUAGUCUCGUAAAAAGUAUGUGAUGAGGCGUGGUUUCCUUCCCAGAGAGGUCUUGGGAAGAACCUUCGAUCUUCUCCGUCCUCCGGAGUCACCCCCACCUCCCCCCCCCGCCCCCACCAAUGAGGCAUCCCCAUAGCUUUCAGUGGAUACAAUGUGUGGAUUGUGUACCACUUCGUGUACUUAAAGUUCGUCCAUCGUUUCGGUGGGGUGUCCUCCGCUUUUAAUGAAACAAGAACUUCGCACAAAAAAAGCAGAGACAGUUUAUAUGUUUUUUUUUCAGACUUGAUUCUUGCAAGCUGGAUCAGCAAAACCUCGUCACUUCCAUUUCUGAAUCACAUGGAUGCCAAUAACUCUCAGUUUCGACUUGCUUUACUGUCAAAUGAUGGGAGCACUUCAGAGAAGGAUAGUCGUCAAGGAGAGAUUGAAUCAGAAGCAACAGCUAAUAUAAAAAGAAGGCACAGUCUUACCUCAGCACAAAAGAGAGCUCUUAUUGUAAAGCGACUUAUCCCUCUCGUAAUAUCUCUGAUGAUUUUAGGCGGCGCUGUAGCCGUACGGUUUCUAAUUCCGUUGCCUUAAUAACACGAGACUUCUUCAUUUGAAAAUGAUACACUCACUUCAAAUACUACUUGUAGCAAUUUAACCACUUUUAUUAGUUAACAUCCCCAUAUAAUAACCUACGAUUGCGGGAUUCAGGCUGAUCAAUUUGUUAUUUACCCGGUGCGUGGUGAGAAAU